AUGGCACGGAGCAAGCGAUUCUGGCUGAUCUGCAUCGCGCUAGUGGCGGGAUAUAACCUCCUCGUCAUGAAUCUCGCAGGCCGGGAGGUGGACAGCCCCCCUCUCCGCGUGUGGUCCUUCCUGCUGGGCGGCAGUGACGUGGAGCGCGUACCUGGCGACCCCGCAUUGGCUGACGAGCCCACCGCUGACGUCACCACCAAGGCCCUGUACGACGAGAUCGCGUUCGAGAACCUUCCGGGAGGCGUGUGGACGCAGGGUUUCCCCCUCGGGUACACGGGGCACGAGUGGGACGAGGAGCCGUUGCGAGUGCUGGUGGUGCCGCACUCCCACAACGACCCUGGCUGGCUGCAGACGGUGGAAGAGUAUUACAAGUCGAGCACACGCGGCAUCAUCGACACCAUCGUCAACUCCCUCUCCGAGAAACCGACUCGCAAGUUCAUAUGGGAGGAGAUGUCGUACCUGUCGCGGUGGUGGAUGGACGCGAGUGAGGAGAUGAAGGGCAAACUCAAGGCGCUGCUGCAGAACGGACAGCUCGAGAUCGUGGGCGGCGGAUGGGUCAUGAACGAUGAGGCAAACUCUCAUUACUUCGCCAUCCUCGAACAGAUAACGGAGGGCAACACAUGGCUUCACGAUGCAGUGGGGGUGGUACCCACCAACUCAUGGUCCAUCGACCCAUUCGGCUACAGUGCCACCAUGCCCUACCUGCUGCACCAGUCCGGCUUCCACAACAUGCUCAUUCAGCGCGUGCACUACGAGUUUGACUUUGCGCGCACGGCUACUGGCGAGCACUCCUGCCCCUGGGGCACGCCUGCUGUGGAUAUUACACCUCAGAACGUGGCGGAGAGGGCAGCCACCAUUCUGGACCAGUGGCGCAAGAAGUCCCUCCUCUAUCGCUCCAAGGUGGUGCUGGUCCCUCUGGGGGACGACUUCAGGUAUCCAACCAUGAGAGAAGCCCACGCCCAGUUCACCAACUACGAGCUCCUAUUUGAUUACCUCAACAGCCACCCGCACCUGCGAGUCAACGCCAGCUUCGGCACCCUGGCCGACUAUUUCAACGCUGUCCGCGAGGCCGCUGUUAGAGACGCUACUCUUCGUAGCAAGGGCGCUGUUAAUGAGGCUAGUGCUGUUAACGAGGCGUCUCUUACCGAGGCCCAGCAGGACCUGCCUUCGGAGCACCCAGUGUUCACGUCUCACGAACUCCCAUCCGAGCCCACCACCAUCUCCAACCGCAACCUGCUCUCCACACACCCCUCCACCUCCUCUCUCCCCUCCUCUCUCCCCUCCUCUCUCCCCUCCUCUCUCCCCUCCUCUCUCCCCUCCUCUCUCGCUGCACACCUCUACUCCCUCCCCCCCUCGCUCCGCCCGAGCCUGCCCUCUCUCUCGGGCGAUUUCUUCACAUACGCGGACCGAGAGCAGGACUACUGGAGCGGCUACUACACCUCCCGCCCCUUCUGGAAAGCAGUAGACCGCGUGCUUGAGUCUGCUGUACGAGCAGCAGAUAUCCUCUUUGCUCUCACGUGGUCUCAGCUGCAGGCGAGGGGGGGUGGGGGAGGGGGGGGGCUGAUGGCGCGGAUGCUGGGGAGGGGGAGUGGGGGGGGGGGAGAGGUGGGGAAGGUGAUGGAGAGACUGGCAGAGCAGGCGGAGUGGAUGGAGAAGGGGGGAGGGAAGGAGGGGAGGGGGGUGGGCGGAGGGCAGCGUGGAGAGGACAACUUCAGGCAUCUGCUGUUCCCGCUCAAUUUCGCAGAGCGGCUGGUGCGAGCGCGGCGCAACCUGGCGCUGUUUCAGCACCACGACGGCAUCACAGGCACGGCAAGGGACCCCGUGGUGGUGGACUAUGGGCUUCGCAUGCACAAUGCUCUUAAUGACCUCAAUGACCUCAUGUGUGCGGCGGUGGUGGCUCUGCUGGCAGACUCGCCCACACAGGACCCUGAGAAGUCGCCAGUACAGCUGCGCCCAGAGCAGCACCGCACGCAGCAGCACAUCCUGCCCUCCCACCUCCCCCUCUCCUUCCCCGCUUCCUCCCCCCACACCCCCUCCUCCACUCCCGGGUCCGCUGGGGUGGGCGGUGGAGGAGAGGGAGGGGAGAGGGGCGCGGGCGCAGGGGCCAGGCGGCGUGUUUUGGAGGUGAAAGUAGGGGAGCAGUCAGGCACAGAGCAGAGGGGGCUAGAGGUGCAGGAGGAGCAGGGAGGAGGUGGCACUGUGCGGCGCAUUGUGGUGUAUAAUCCGCUAGAGGAGGAUGUGAAGCAGGUCAUCUCUGUGGUGGUAGAGAUCCCGCUUGUUGCAAAGGUAGCAGAGGAGGCUGCCAAGACGGAGAAGCAAGGGUGGGAGGAGGCAGCGGAUGGGCUGGAGGAGCCACAAGUUGUGGACGAGGACGAGGAGGAGGAUGGGCCUGUGAUGCCGGUUGUGCGCUCUGUCAUGCUCUACAAAGUCCGAGCCCCUCAGGGUCUGUUAAUAGAGACACGCCAUCACGUGAACAUCUCAUCAACAGCGGUGGACAACAAGGAGCUGGUGGUGCGCUACCGCACGUCCAUCGACUCCUCGCAUCUCUUCUACACCGACUCCAAUGGCUUCCAGACCGUCCGCCGCGAGACCCUUCCCAAGCUCCCCACGCAGGGCAACUUCUACCCCAUGCCCGCCCUCGCGUUUAUCCAAGACCCCUCUGGAAUCAGGUUCUCCGUGCACACGCGCCAGGCUGUGGGCGUGGCCAGUCUCAAGACUGGCUGGUUGGAAAUGAUGUUGGAUCGCCGCCUCCCACAGGACGACAACAGGGGCAUGCAGCAGGGCGUGAUAGACAACCACCCCACACACACCGUCUUCCACCUCGUCCUCGAACGAAACACCUCCGCCCGCCCCUUCCCCGCCCCCUCCUCCUCCGCCGCCCUCCUCCCCUCCCUCACUUCGCAACGAAUCGGCUCCCGGCUCAACUACCCGCUGUAUCUCUUCGUCGGGCAGCCCGAAAGCCCAUCGAGAUUUGUUUCCGGGCAGGAUGGAGAUGCUGGAAGAGGGGCGGGCAGAAAGGGGAGUGGCAGCAGCAGCAGCAGCAAUGGAGGGAAGGCAGUGAAACCGGGUGUUUUGGCUGGCACUGUGGAGCCGAAACCGGGCGGCCUUGGUUGGACGUAUUCUCCACUUGGCCGCCCCCUACCGUGUAACAUGCAUGUGGUCAGCUUCAAGGUGCAUCGGCCCAUGCCCAAUGCCUCGGUGCAUUCUGAGCCGCCUCUAGCCCUGCUGCUGCACCGCAGGGGCUUCGAUCACAGCUUUGGGGGCGCGCACCGUGAGGCUCCCUGCAAGCUCACCCCCACUGGCCAAGUGCACCUCGCUCGUCUCUUCUCCGGCGCUUAUGUAACAGAGUUCGAAGAGUUCCCACUUAACCUCGUCCGUCCCGGCCCAAUAGCAGCAGAUUCGGGGUCGCCCGGACAGGGUUCUGAGGAUUUGCUGGGAGCGGGGGGGAGAGAGGGGGGGAACAGGACAAGGGGAGGGAUGGGCACGGCGGGGGCGUUUGCGAAGAGAGCAUGGCAGCAGAGAGUGAGAGGGGGGGUGACAAGUCUGAAACUGGAAGUUAUGGAGCUCAAGGCGCUCGCGAAGAUGCCGUACACCGGAAAGAGCUCGCUCGCUCUUAUCGCGAGGGUUUCGGCAGUUGGAGUGGGUCUCGCCUACGGCGCGACGAUGCUCACAUACCUCCGG